AGCCCGAUUUCUCAUGUCUUCUCCAGAUCUGAUUGGUUGUGCGAGGAAUGGACACUGUUUAAGUACACCCUUCUCCACUUACAUUUUUUCGUUGUAAUCAAAGGAUUUUAAAGUACAGUAUGACACAAAUGAGGCUUAUAGCGUUGCUCGCAUGUUUUCUAGCUGGAACAUCUGGAGUUCCAAUCUCCCCAAAUGCUGAUUUGAUUGAAUCAGUCCCAAUGGGAGAUAUGCCAGCACAAGGAACCCCAGUGAUACAAUCCUCACUGUCUGGGUCUGAAGUACUGGUACAAGCACAACAUGUGCCACAGCAGUUCCAGCCUAAAUCUCCCAGAGUGCCUCAGUCACAGCUGGCCGCUUUGACCAAUCCAUGGGUCUCUCAACCCAACCCCAAUACAGGUCUCAGUCAACACUUUCAAUACAUUCCCUAUCCUCAUCUCCAGCAACCACAGUUUUUCUAUUAUCCCAUUCUUGGACCACAAUCCAGGAAUCCAACAUUCCCCUAUGGAGUGCCUGUUUUCCAGCACACAACAUCUCAACAAUAUCCUGCUAAUGUAGUUCCAGCUUCACAGCCAUUAAUGGCACAAAACAAACAACACACGCCAAAUGCUCACCAAAUGCAACCAAACCAGCCUCAGCAACAGCAGGUUCAACAAUUUCUUUACAUGGUUCCACAGAUUCAACAGCGAAUGGCUGGACCAUAUGGUGGAUUGAGCUCCGAGGAAAUUCAGAACAUGGGACAUAUGGGCCGUGUUAACAUGCACAUGCCUGCGUUUAGAGGCAAUGUGUUUCCUGUAGCUGGACCACAACCUGUUGUACCUGUUAGCCCUUUAAGACCAGGCAAUACCUUCCACAUCAACACCUUCCCUGCCAAUGGAAUGACCUUCUCGGGCACUACUGAGGUUCAGCCACCAAGCGUUGUAGCUGUACCACCCAGUGGGGAUGCCAUACCUGCUACUGGUGGAUCCCAUCCAAAUAAUGGAGUGCAGCCUAAUAGGAUUGCUACCGUGCAGGACCAUGAGCGAGUGCCUUGUGAUCAUGUCCAAUCUGCUGAAAACCCCUUAACCAACACUGGACCUUUGUCUUCUGGUCAUGGGACUUUCAUUUCAGCUGUCUUGCCCACUGUCCAACCCGAUCCCCAUUACAAUGAUCCCAAUCUAGUUCCCACUACAUUCCCAACACCAGAAGAAGCUCUUGUUCCAGCGUCCCCACCAUUGCUUUCCGAUACUGUCGACACCAAGACUGAUUUGCACCCCUAAGACAAAUCUUUGCAUGUCUUUACGACAAGAUUUAUACAAAUAUGCAUUUUGUAUCAUGCUAAUGGUUUAUAUAUUGGGUUAACGCAUGGAUGGAAGAUUUUAAAUAUUUUUCAUAGCAAGUCUGAUACUGUAUUUUGUUUACUUGUUACUAUUUCUUUAUCUUUCAUUGAACUAAAGUUUUGACUUUGUGUCGACCAUGUUAAAAGAUUUAAAAAUCAAAACCUAUUUCUGACUUUUGUACUGUGAACUAUAUGUGUGUGGUCCUCAACAUAUAUACUAGACAUAUAAUUAAAUACAAAGUUAAUUACAGCCCGAGGCUCCUUCUGUGUUUCAUGCAGUACAUCUGUCAUCAAGUGUCAGCAGGGUUAAUGGUACUGGAAAAAUGUGCACACUG